UUCUGAUAACAGCGAUUGCAUUUCUUUGUUGAUUUUUUAUUUGUUUUAGCAGUUUUCAGAAGUGCUAGUCUACGUAUUUAAUAAAAAUAUUAAAAUUAUGAGCCUUGAUGACGUGAUCUACGUCAUCUGCCUACUUGGCUGUAUCGGCGUGGGACAUUAUAUCAAAAAAAUAAGCGAUGAAACGCAACGAAAAUUUAUUAGCACCGGACUCGGAUUGCUGGUGGUUUUUAUAGCUUCAGGGUACCAUGCCUUGCAUUGCAUUACUUCUACGGUCGUAGGAGCGUUGGCUGUAAUCUACGUGCACCCAAGCCAAGGCCACUUGAUUACAUUUUGCAUAAUGUUCGGUUAUUUGGUAUUCUUUCGUUUGGUACAUUGGUUUGGUCUGCCAAAUUAUCCUGGCCACACCAAUAUGGUACAGAUGAUACUGACAUUGAAGGUUUCCGGUGUAGCCUUUGAAAAGACGGCUGCUUGGAAAAAAUUGCGGCAACGUGAUAAAGAAAUUGCUGAAAGAAAGACUGCUGAAGGCACAACAUCAAGCGAACAGCUGGUGGAAAUUACAGAUUACGAUGUAGAGUUACAAAAUAUAGGAUUUGUUGAGAUCUUCCAUUAUUGCUUUAACUAUAUUGGCGUCUUAACAGGUCCAUAUUAUCGCUACCGCACAUACCUCGAUUAUUUCGAUAUGCCAUUUAAAGACUAUGCGCCUCAUAUUGCCGCUACAAUAGAGAAACUAAAGUAUGCCGGUCUCUACUGCUCACUUUAUUUGGUCGCUAACUACAUAUGGCCGCUUGAGUAUGCCUUGAGCGAUGAGUUCUAUAAAGAGCGUUCAUUUAUCUAUCGCCUUAUGUACGUAUGGCCGACAUUCUUUGUCUUUCGCAUGCGCAUAUACACUGGCUUAACGCUAAGCGAAUGCGUUUGCACUAUGGCAGGGUUUGGCGCUUAUCCCGACGAUGCUGAUGUUGCGAAUGGUGAAGGUCCACGGAAACAGUAUGCACAUUUGAAACGUGAUGCUGAAAAACAUAGCUAUAAUUUCACAACAAUUGUAAAUACACGAGUACGCAGCGUAGAGACAUGCUGGACAUUCCGUGAAGGUAUGAAACAUUGGAAUAUAUGUAUCCAAUACUGGUUGGCGGUGAACGUUUACAAGCUAUUCCCAAGCAAGAAGUACAGAACCAUCGUUACAUUGUUAUGUUCCGCCUUUUGGCAUGGUUUUCGUCCUGGUCACUAUUUCUGUAUUAUGGGUGCACCGUUUUACGUUUCCCUGGAAGAUAUAUGGAAUAAAUUAGUGCGCAAGGACACUGUCGGCCUGCAGCGCCAAAUAAUCGAUGUUAUCUUUUGGAUUGCAAAAUUUUUUGCAUUCAGCUACCUUGGCAUUGCUUUCCUUCUAGCAUCAUUCACUAAUAUAUGGAAAUUUUACAGCUCUGUAUAUCAUAUUGGUUAUGUGGGUUGGUUUGUUAUGAUGGCCUUGGGAGUAUAUUUGACAAAAAUUAAAAAGGCAGCGGAAAAACGGCGACAGCAAAAGGAUAUGAAUGAAGCAAAUGUUGCCAAUGCAGAAAAGGAGAUACUAAUAAAAGCAGAAUAAAUAUGAGAGGGCCUUGUAAUUAUAGUCGAGAGAAAUGAACUAUACAUAAUUAUAAAAUUAUAUAUUUAUAUAUGUGCUAUAUAUGUAUUAUUAUAUACAAAUAUGCUGUAAUGGCUUUAUACAUACAUACAAUAUUUACUCCAGGGCAGUUGAAAUCAAUAGAUGUACUGAAUAGCUUUAAAAUUUGACAAUGCGAAAAGGUGUAUGUAUUACCGUACUAAGAAGGUACUAGUUUUAUACGUAUACUACAGAUAAACGAGUUUCCAUUAGCUUAGUAUUUUAUGACACUACUACUAUUAACACUAAAGCACAACGUUUUGUCGAAAAUGUGAUAUGUAUUUAUUAUUUUAUGCCGAGCUGAUAAGUUCGUUAGCAUUCGAUUUGAAGAACGCAACAAUUUUUAUAUGCAGUUGAUUGUAAGUUAAUGUAUUGCUUUAUAUAUACAUAGUAUGCAUGUAUGUAUUUUAUUUUAUAUUUAGAAAACGCAUGUAGUAUAUGUAUAACUAUUUACAUAUGUAAAGCUUUAAAUUUAUAAAAAAAUUUGGUUUAAUUUAUUUUCGUGUUAUUAACAGUAAAUCCGUUAACGCACAAUGACGUUUUAGGGCAAAUUUAUUGUUAAUGGCUUAACUUUUUGCAAAUGAAAGUGCGUGUAUUUGGUGGCAUAAAAAAUUAAUGUUCUAGAAUUUAGAAGAAGUAGUUCAACGCCUUUGUUACCUGCCGUCUAAUAUAUAAAACAUAUUUCUGGUCCGAUGCAUUUACGUCUGCUAAAAAAAAAAAAAUCAUUAAGCUUACACAGCUUCUCACUUCGCGGUACCUUAAGUAACAGUUUUUAAAGUUUGGACUAUGUAAAUUUCCUUUUGGCCCACUAGCUAUUGAAAAUGAAAACCAGCCUAGAAGUUCAGUUUAUUGAGUUGAAAUUUGGCAAAAACAGUAGAUUAUUUGAGGUUAAGAAGAGAAAAACGAACGGUUAUUGAGUUUCGACUUCGGAGUCUUAUUCAGCGAGCAAAUCUAUAAGUAUCGAAAAUCGAAUAACUCGUAAAGGGUCGAAAAUAUAUUACUCUUGCACAAUACAAAAACUUUUAAAAAGCUAAGCUCCUGUUCCGACUAACGAGUUAAAUGCGUUUAAUGAGUAUUAUCAAUUUAUGUCUACAUAGGCAAUAAUCCAAUUAAAAUUAGAACAAUCUAUAAAAUGCGUUCAA